AUGAGUUUGGAGAAAGAGCAGUUGACGAACGAAAUUCAACAAGUCUUGAAAACCUCGUCUGAAUUGGAACAACAAGUUUCGCAAUUCAAGCAUUUCGAAGAACAAUAUUUGGCAACAUUGGAAUGUUUGAAGCAAAAAGAGAAUGAAUUGACAGAAACAUCGGAAAAAUUAUUCAUUUCUCAACAAAAUGCUGAACAAUUGCUCAUUGAAAAAGAUGAACUUGUCAAAAAUGGACAAUCGACUGAUGUUGUGAAUGAACAAAUUAGUUUGAUUGAAGAUGAGAAGAAGAAUUUGGAAGAUUGUAUUGAACAAUUGAAUAUCAGAGUCAAUUCGAUCACAAAUGAAUUCGAAUCUGCGAAUAAACAAUUUGUCGAAAUUCGAUUGCAAAAGGACAAGGAAAUCAGCAAUUUGCAAGAACAAGUUAGUUUUUUAUCACUCGAAGAAUACUUAUAAAGAUAUAUAUCAUUUUCAGAUUCAAACGUUGAAUAGUCAAUUGUCUGUUGCGGAAGAAUCGAUUGCUCAAAAAGAAAAUAGUGUUGUCAAAUUGGAAAGUGAAAUCGAAUCGAUCAAUGCACAAUAUGAGAAGAAAUUAGCUGCAGUUGAUGAAGUUCAAAAAGUGUGGGAGGUAGAAAAGAGAGAAUUGGAAACGAAAUCAUUCGAACUUGCAACUGAACUCAGAAUCAUCAAAGAGCAAUCGAAUGGAAUAUCUGGAUUGGCUGAAAUGAUUGAAUCAUUGAGAAAGGAUUUGGCGAAUGCAAAUAAAAGAGUUGAAGAAAUUGAAGAAACAGCUAACCAUGAUAUAACAAUUAUGAAGGAAGAAGUCGAAGAUCGAGAUAUUCAAGUUGGAGAAUUGAUUAAAGAAAUUGAGGAGUUGAAAUUGAGAUUGGCGGAAGCUGAGAAGAGUUUGGAAAGAGAGAAAAAAGAAGUUGAAAGAUUGGAGACUUGUUGCGACAAAUUUGAUGAUGAAGAAAGAGUUUAUAAGCAAACCAUUCGAACACUUCAGAAGGAAGUCAAGGAUUUGAAAGGAAUCAAAACACCUCCAAGACAACCUGGAUUAAUUGAAAUGGGAAGAGCUGGGUAUGUUUUUUUUGUAAAAUAUUUAUCGGAAAAAAAUGUCCGAAAGAUAUAACUUUGGAUUUGUUCUGAACUUUUUAAAAAUCUCCUUUUGAUUUCAGAAUCAAGCCAUUGAGUCGCGAAACCACUUAUAUUGAUGAAGCGCAAAAUGAACAAGGAACAUUUGUUGAUGCUCGAGAUUCGUUUGUUGCAGCAGAUAAAUCGGAGGAUGUCAAGGUUUGUCUUAUCUUAUUCCUUGUUUAUUCUUCAUUGAAAUAUCAUAUUUUUCCAGGCCCCACAAUCAACAUCAAAUCAAACAGCAGUUUUCCAUCCAGAUGAUACGAAACAUGAAACCCAAGCUGCUAAUACUCCAUCAAAAAUGAACAGAUCAAGAUGCGAUCAAUCAACAUCAAAUCAAACAGCAGUUUUCCAUCCAGAUGAUACGAAACAUGAAACCCAAGCUGCUAAUACUCCAUCAAAAAUGAACAGAUCAAGAUGCGAUCAACAAUAA